GAUUCUUUCAACAUCAAUACCAUUUUUAACUUCGAUCACGAGCGAAAUUCGGACGGCGGAUUUUACGGGAAUGUGGUCGUUUGAGCUAAACCUACCGUUAUAGGAGUUCCGCCACUCCAAAGGGCGGCCCAAGGGACUAGAAAGCCAGUCGGAAACAGCCUCCAACGUCCCGUGGUCUUUCAACCGUCUGUUUCUGCACGUGGCUUUGGGCGGUCUCAUUGUCUACCUUAUAUGUUCAUUUGGUCUCCUUCUUUCAUCCGAGCGUCGGGCUGCUGGCUUCUCCCUUCACUCAUCCAUCCAACUUCGUCCCCUUCGACUAUUCUUUUCAGCAUUUUAAAGCGAGCAAAGGGAAUUCCAGACCCUACUCACGUCAGCAAACCAACUCACAGCCGUCCUGACCAGCUUCGCUAAACCUGUGCCGUUACCCACCUCUUGACGGCCAGCUGCAAGACGACCCCUGUUAUUUCUCCCCUCUGUCCAAAACCACAAACGGCAGACGCAAAGAUGCCUGCCAAAUCCCUAGUCGCCCUCGCUCAGCGGGAGGCCAUCAAAAACAUUGGGCAAAUCGACAACCUUGGCUAUGCCCCCUACAGCCUCGUCCGGCCCAUCCUGCUCAAGGUGCCCCGGGCGGAGCAGCUGCUCCGUAUCGAGGAGAACAGCCCGCACCUGACCGAGGACACGGCCGAGGUGUGGAAGUACAUGAUCAAGCGCGACUUCGCGCGGGCGUCGGAGAAGAAGGGCUACGUGCCCAAGAACCCGCUCUCGUGGGGCAAGGUGUACAUCAAGUACCAGCGCGAGCGCGAGGAGGAGAACGCGGCGGCCGAGGCCCUGCUGAGGAACGAGAUGAACGCGCUCAGGCAGGAGCGGGCGUCCAAGGAGACGCGCGUGCUCCGGCCCGGGGAGGUGCCCUACGAGUUCCGCAAGGCCACGGCCGUCGGCGCCUUCACCCGCUUCGGCGGCGCCCCCAGCGGGGCGCCGAGGUCUCAGAGCAACCUGACGUGGGGCGGCGGCGCGCGCACAAAGAACGUCAUGAAGAAGGUCAAGCGCGAGGUGGCCGAGCUGAGCAGGCGCAACGUCAUCUCGGGCCAGCUCGCCGCCCGCCGCGGCCAGAUCUCGCAGGCACCCAAGACUAUGCUCAACGACCACCGCAUCUCCAAGAACCCGGACCUGCCGGCCGACAAGUCCAUCGUCGCCCCCAGGCCCCCGGGAAGCAUCCUGGCCAAGGGCCGCACCGACAUGGAGUCCCGCCUGCUCCGCGCUAAGCAGCAGGCUGCCCGGUCCGGCAGCGGCGCCGGCGCGUCCGACCCCUCAUCCUCCUCCCGCCUGUCAAAGCCGCCACCCCCAAAGCGGCCCCAGGUCGAGCUGGCCGACGACGACCUGGAGAUAGAUGACGACGCGCUCUUUGGCAUAACCGAGCCCGCCGCCAAGCCCUCAAAAUCCGCCUCCGCCCCGUCAAGGAAGCCCCAGCCGCCCGCCCGCGGGGGCCUCUCGCCCGGCUUCCUCGACGACGAGUCCUAUGAGAACGAUGAAGAUCUGUUCGGCGAGAAGGCGGAGUCGGCGCUCUCUAAGAGGCCCGCCAGCCGCGCCCUGCCGCCCAGGGUCGCCGCCGGGAGUCCGCCCACAGCGUCUCGCAAGCGGCCCAGUGGAGGGGACAUCUUCAUGCGGUCGGCAAAAAAGGCCCGGUGAAACAGAACCUGAUCCGGGCUGCUUUUCUUUUUCGACACGGUAGUCAUUAUUCAUCAGGCUGAUCACUCCUGGAAGUCUUGUUCGAUUUUUUAUAUCUUUUUUAUUCUUUUUUAUUUUUUAUUUAGCAUUCUUGUUUCUCGUUCUUGAUGUUUUAAUGGGCUGGUCUUGUCUGAUCUCUCUGAGUUUCAACGUUACGCUUCUCUGCGCAUAGAUGUAGAGCGUCGUUUUUUUUAUAGUUUUUUUUUAUCUCUUUCAUCUAAAUCUCAUGGUUAGUGGUAGUUGUGCUGGAUUCUGCAUAUAGAUGCAAAGCAUCAGUUCGGAGGCGUUUUGGGAUAUAUCUUCUGUUCAAUGAAAUCAACGAGCUGCUACCCG